CUAUUAAUCAAGUUAUUUCAUCAAUCCAACAAUCAUGAUAUUUUAAAUGGAUUAAAUAAUUUUUAUUAUUGUUAAUAAUAAUUCAUUAUGUUUAUAACAUCAAUGGAUUUUGUUAAUUAUUUUUAACUUACAUCUACUCAUAGCUGAACUGUUACAAAACUCAGUUUGAAAACACCACUACUGAAGUCAAAUGAAGACUUUGCACCAUUCAUCAGCUGUUUGGAAUAUCCGUUCGAUGUUUUCGACCGGUUCAUAAAAAUCAUCUUUCCAGUGAGGACCCGUAAAACGAAUUCAUCAAAAAAGAUGAUCGACGAAAGUCGCGACAGAGACGAAACUGCCAAUGUUGCCAUCAUUCGUGAAGUUUAUGAUAGUGCAAAUGCACACGAAACAUUCGAGUACGAGCUGGAAAGAGCUCUUGAAGCCGAGUGUAAUCUCAUAGUAAUUGAGCCAUCGAAACUUGGCGAUGAAACUUCUCGAUGGAUUUCAGUAGGAAAUUGCCUGCACAAAACAGCUUCCAUUUCUGGAUUAACUGCUAUUAUAACAGGUCUAAUCUGGAAAGAUAGACCUUACAUUUGUGGAACAUUUGGUAUCACUGCCAUGAUCACGUGUGGACUUUAUACUGUCUCAUGGCAGUUUGAUCCUUGUUGUCAGUAUCAGGUUGAGCCAGAUACGAGUAAAUUACCUCAUGUAGAAUUAUUAGCAGUUCUAGGACCAUCUUCACCUACAUUUCUCGUUCGAAAAGAUGACCGACGAAGAAGAAUACUCCAUGGAACUAUUACAAUUGCAGCUGUUAGCAUUUGUGCAUGGAGAUUAUAUCAGGCAUUUAAAUGAAGUGCAACGUACAAAACUCAGGUGUUAACUUUCCUAGAUUUUCACUAUAAAUAUGAGCAGCAACUUCAACAGACGCUCGGUUUUAUUUACAUUUCCUCUGCCGACGUUCAUUCAGUCUUACAGAAAUUGUUCGUAGUUUAUAAAUUCACGCUCUCUUGCUUUUUUUACUUAUUUUAUAUGAUACUCAAAGGUGGAAGAAAAAUUUAAUUCAUUAUUUAGCAGUACAGUACAUAAAAGCAGCUAAUAUUUUACUUUAAUGACUAAAGAUGAGCUUCCUGAUUGAAUUUAUUUUGUACGAAUAAUAUAAUUAUUGCACACUCCAAUUAGGUAAGCUCAAUUUUGUUUUCGUGUACAAUAUUUUAAUCAGAUGGAGGGUGCAUCUGAAAGAAACACGAACAAUUUCAAAUCUGUAGAUACAAUGUGAAGUUUAUAUAGACGAAAAAAAAAACCAUUUUAUUCUUACUGUAAUUUUAAGCUGUAAAUAAAAUAGGUAGAAUGUA